UAUGAAAAUUAUCAUACCAAAAAAAAAAAAAAGGAAAAAACGUUCACUGUCAUUCAAACGGUUGCCACCGCAGGAUUAUUCUCUGCUGUUUCCUUCUGGUAUGGCUUUAUGUUCGGAAGAGAACCAGCUCGCAAGGAGCUUAGUGACUUGAUUGAAGAUCGUCGCCGUGGAAAUUCCACUUCAACUCCUCCGCAUUCCUAAU